CUCAGACGUCCGUCACCGAUACACGCAUACGAUGUGGCGACACUCUCCCGGUCUAGUGAUAAGGGCACGUGAAAUUAAAUAAUAAUAAAUAAUAAUGCUAGCAAUAUUGACAAAUUAGUUAUUAUAGUUGUAAUCAAGGUGUAUCAACUAUCAAUACACCUAGAUGGUAAUAUAGUAAAGUUGUAUAAUUAGUUACUAUCAAAUCAAGUUACGGUUCAUCAUCUUCGUCCAGGAUAAAUUAAGUAUUUAUUUUUAAUUAUCAUGCAACGGUCGUCAUUUACUCGAAAUUCGAAAGACGCAAACAUAACUGAGUAACGAGAACACUAACAUGAACAGGCCGAGAAAUCAAGCUGAACAAGAACUAAAAGCCAGGGCUCGCAUAUAUGUGGCAAAUAUACCACAGGCCGGUAUGACUCGCAAGGAAGUGGUGUCCGUAUUUCAUAAAUAUGGCGAAAUUGAUAAUGUUUCUCUACAAACUAGACAUGUUUUUGUUCAGUUUGUAGAAGAGUCUUCUGCUCUCAAAGCCUUGGCUCAAAAUCCUCCAGAUUAUAUUAUGAGCAAGAAACUUGAUGUGAAACCAGUAAGACCUUUCUUUUAUAGAAAUGGAGAAUUAGUAAAAAAUGAAAGAGCGGCAAAUUUUGAUGCUACUGAAAAAAGAAAUGACAACCGAAAUCAACCAAGAGAUUAUGAUGAUUUUAAACCAGCCAGACUCAAUCCUAAUGUGAUGAAUCCAAAUGCUCCUAAUGAUUGUGAAAUUGUUGUCACUAAUAAUUCAUUAACAGAAUAUGCAGAGUUUUUAGAAGUGAACUUAAAAAAAAUGAAUAUGAAAGUUGAUUUGUUAUUUCCUAAUCCUGACAUACCAAUCAAUCGUGUUCUUGGUACCUUAGCACAAAGAGGGACAUUGUAUGUUUUAGUUGUACGUGAUGAAAAUAAAUUGUAUAGAAGCGUUACUGUUGAUAUACUUCAUGGUAUACCUGAAGAACACAGAAACAUGCCUUACAAAGAUGCAUUGGCAUUUAUUGUUCAGAGCUUUGAUGCAUAUGUUAGAGGAGAGAAAAUGACUCCUAUACCUGGACUUUCAGGCAUUCCUAUAUCUGAAUGUGGCUUGCCUUUAGGCGAUAAACAUCCAGAAGGAAUUAGCACAUUGUUGAAUUUAUUACAGGAUCAAAGAGAUAUAACAGUACUACAGUAUGAUAUGAUACUACAAUAUCUAAAAGAGAAAAAAGAUGAACAUAUCAAAGAGGAAGUUGGAGUCUUGCCAACUUUUAAACCAACUAUACCUGAUAUACCAAUUCUUCCAGCAGCAACUGCCAUUCAAAAUCCGCAAGCAGCUCAAUUACAAAAUCGUAUUUUGAGCAUUUUGAAUACAUCCCUUUCUACUAGUGCUCAACCGCAACAAUCCAUUGAAUCUAAACAAACUGAAAAAGAGCCAUCUAGUAUUCUUCAAGAACCUAAUGUAAAAAAAGCAUUAGAAAGUUUAUUUCAGGGUGGUUCGUUACUUAGAAAAUAAAUAUUAAUGUGUUUGUAAAAAUAGUUCUUGUAAAUAAAUAACUUUAAUUUAUUGUCACGUUUUAAUAGAUAGAAAUAUUUUGUUUAUAGCCUUUCUGUUUAUAUGAAUUUUUAUUUUAACAAAUAAAUUUAAAUUAAUAAAGCAAUACAAAGUUUAAUUGUUUGUUCAAUCUUGUAUAAACUUAUACAAUAACUAAAAUUAAAACAUUUUCCAAUCUUCAA